AGAGGCGAGAAAACGGAGAAAAGACACACAUACACAUACGCACGCACACGCUGUCAUGGCGUUAACGUUAACAACGCGUGUCGAGCAUACUACGUGCCGUCGGCGACGCUGCCGCGAAGCGAGGUGCCGGUAAUACACCGCCGUUCCGCCGCGGAACAGCCCCUGGGUAACGUAACGCGAGAACGACGGCGAUCAGAUCAGUCGUCGUCCGUCCAUCCGUACGGGGGAGAGAAAGAGUGAGUGAGUGAGUAAAGGAAGGGGAAAAGGAGAGAGGAAGAGAGAAAGAGAGAGAAACAGAGAGAGUGAGCAGCGCGAGCGUUGUGUCAGCCGCUCGGCUUCAAUCAGCUUCGAUUCAGCGCCGAGUCUGUCGUCGUGCUCUCUCGGUCUCUUUUAUCUACAGAAAAGGAAUGUCUAUCUGAGUGGACUACAGAUAAGGAAGUCCGCGGUGGACAAUGCAACAAUCCAGAGGCCAGUGUCUUUAGUGAUAGCUGUACAGUUACGGAACCUGCAAAAGAGUGUAUGGUGUGCAUUCCUUAUUUGCGUCAUCUGCCACCGCGAUUGUGUGGACAGCUUCUCCCUAAAGGCUAUAUCAUCGCUUUCUGUGGAGUUUCACUGUUGUGUGUUCUGUGAAAUCCCAUCAGACUGGUGAUGGUGAUAUGUCAUUAUAAAAUGAUCCACGUCCGAUCAAGAACCAACACUGAGCUUCGUGGUGGAGAAAUAGGACAUGCUCGAUGAAAAACAUGCCUAAGUAGAGGAACACAUGUUCUGGGAAUUGAUGGGUAUAUGCUUUUCCUGCAGGAGACCCACCAGCGGCAGGUUGAACAGUAAAAUCUCUGAGCAUAUCUCGGCCUCUGUAACUCCUCUCCAUGUUUGUCUGGAGGAACAAAGAAGACCAGAACUGGGCUCAUGUGACGCCUCACAAGCUCACAAGCCUCAGGUUAAAAGAACCUUUGAGAAUCAAAAGGCAGAAGAAGAGAUUCCCGAGGAGGUGGCGGAAAGUGAUUCGAUCGAAGUCGAAGCAGGAGAGUUAAGACAAAGCCAGCCGAGUAUGGCCAAUACUAUCAGCAACAUGAAGAUGACUAAUCCCAUAAAGGGGCUGGUUAGCAAACGCCGCAAACGUUUCACAGAAGAUGGUUUUAAUCUUGAUCUCACAUAUAUAAAAGCGAAUUUAAUAGCGAUGGGUUUUCCUGCUGAGAAACUGGAAGGAGUGUAUAGAAAUCAUAUUGAUGACGUUGUUAAACUACUGGAAUCGAAGCAUAAAGAUCAUUAUAAAAUUUAUAAUCUGUGUUCUGAGAGAUCGUAUGAUUGUAAAAAGUUCAAGCAGAGAGUAGCUACUUAUGCAUUUGAUGAUCACAAUCCACCAAAGCUGGAGCAGAUUAAGCCUUUCUGCGAGGACGUGCAGUCGUGGUUAUCCCAAGAUAAGGACAAUGUGGCCGCAGUUCAUUGCAAGGCGGGCAAAGGUCGGACGGGUGUAAUGGUGUGCUGCUAUUUACUUCACAGCAAACAGUUUCCCACUGCCACGGAAGCCCUUAAUUAUUAUGGAACUAAACGGACUCAUGAUAGGAAAGGCGUAACGAUACCAUCGCAGAGAAGGUAUGUGGAUUAUUAUGCUACUCUCCUCCAAGAAGGUAUCAGUUAUGAACCAGUGACAUUAUUACUGCGUAAAAUACAACUGGAUCCGGCUCCUAUUUUCAAUGGAGGUCAAGGCUGUCUGCAUUUUGUAAUCUCGGAAUCAAAUAAAAGGAUAUUUUCUGAUGAUUAUGAGGUUCGGAAAGGUACAUCUUCUAUAUGCAUCUCACUGCAACACACUGUCGCUCUAACGGGAGAUAUACGGGUGGAGUUCUAUAAUUAUAAGCCAAAAAUGAAACGAAAGGAAAAGAUGUUUCAUUUUUGGUUUAACACAUUUUUCGUCCGUGAGAAAACGAAUUCCGAGUGCGACAAUGGCGAUUUACAUGAAAGAUCGGCGAGAGCAUUUAGCUGCGACGGCACAGCCAUGGAAUUGCCGAUGGUUAUGUCGCAUCUGAAACCUAGAACUGGAUCAUUGGCGAGUCUCGGUCCUAUGCCGCCCACUCUCGUUUUACGGAUAGAUAAGUCAGGAUUGGAUAAAGUACACAAGGAUAAAAAUCACAAACUAUACAGUCCGGAUUUUAAAGUGAGUCUAUUUAUGCAUAGCGUGGGUGGGAACAUAUCGCCAGCUGUGCCAGCGACGACGAACAGAGGUAGCGAUGGUGUGCAGCUGGGGAUGGGUGGUCAGGAGACACCGAGCGAGUCGAGCGAGGCAGACAGCAGCGAGUGUGACACUACCGGUGACGAGGACGGUUGGGAAUCCGUGGACUUGGACCAGCGUGUCGGCCGAUACCGUCUUCUAUCGGAUGGAGGGAUGAUAGAUCUUUUGUGAGCCCAUCGCCAAUCACCCCUAAUCAUCCUUCGACUUCAUUAAUAUUUAAUAAAUUUUCAGAUACACAUAUAUGUACACAGACACAUACAUUCACACAUGGACACGGACGUUAUGCUGUGCAUCAUAAAAUACCUUAUCGCGAAGAAACUACGCGUCCACAUUUACGUUUAAGUUUUUGUACUUGAGUUAGUAUUCGUUUUAGGGUCACGGAGAACAAACCAAUGUGAUUUUUUUCUAUAUGAAGAAGGAAAAAAUAUAUUGAGACUAAUAGCUUUCUUGUCGUUAUAAUUUGACGUUGACGAUGAUUUUACACGAUUUACACGAAACAGAGAAGCGUAGAGAUUAGGUUUUGCGAAUGAAUUACUGUUAUGAAUGUGGAAUAUGAGAGAGAAAGAGAAAGGAG